UCUACAGCAAAAGCAAUUUUAAUUUGUCAUGGCAAUAGUUUCAGAGAGGAUGUAUAAUUGUAAAAACUGUAUAAUUCAGUUUUUAGCCCUUAUAUGUUGUAUGUGUACCUGUAGUAUGCAUGCAUACAGUAAACAUGCAUUGAUUUGACUUUACAACUCUGAAAAUUGUGGAUUCAUUCCAUGAAGAAACUGCAGGAAAUUCUUCCACCCUGAGCCUGCCUCUGUCAAAAUCUAUUAAACCCCAGCCCCCCUGCUUCCACAGAUUUGCUAAUCUGCUUCAGUCAGGCAUUAAAGAGGCCUCUGAGGGCAGGGAGGUAUGAGGCAUUCCCCAGCAGGAUCGACAGAACAUGUGGAUUAAGGAGGCAAAUGCCGUAUCAGAUGGAGACGCCAAUGGAGACUUUGGUUGUCCAAUAGCCAGUGACAGAACACUUUAGUUUUUGGGGGCCAACAGUGUCUCAAUAAAUGCUCAGAAUAUUUGAAGAAUAAUCAUGCUUUAACACCCUAGAUAGUAUACAAAGUAACACCCACAUGAUUCCAGCCCAGAUGUUGCCUUUUCCAAAACUUUCUUCAAAAUGUCAACCUUGUUGGGACCAAACUCUGGAAAUGGUCACCUGAGACCAUGUUAAUGGGGACAGUUCCAUGACAAGGUCUACUCAUUCCAUGAUGAGAAAACCCUGGCACGAGGAAAGAAGAGCUGGCACUAUAUCACAAGACCAGCUACGCCACUGUGUGAACUUAGGAUGGAGAAAGAAGUGUACAAUUAAUGGGCAGGGCUUGGGAGGGGGGCUUCAGGAAUUUUAUGGGGGUGGAGAAGAAAACGUGAAAGGGAGAGGGUGUAUUUACAAAUUUUUGGCAAAGUCACAGAGUUACAGUGGCUUGCUAACAGAGUGGGCUAAAAGGAGGGAGUGCCAUUUAACUUAAUCAGUUAUGAAGGUGAACAUGUGCUUUCUCAUCCAGUUACUGGGUGUCUUCCAUUUCUCAUGAUGAUGCACCUAGCUUCUCUCCUGCUGACUGCUGGAUUUUUGCACCUUGCUUUGGCCAAUGGGGUUGACCAAUUGUCCUGGUUUUACCGAAUGCAACCCUCGGCCAUCAUGGAGCCUGACAGCACUGGAGGAGACUGUCCAGCUGAGUGCGACUGCCCUCCAACCUUUCCCAUUGCCAUGUACUGCAACAACCGUGGCAUGAAACAGAUGCCAUACAUCCCCUCUCGCAUGAAAUAUAUCUAUCUUCAGCACAACCUAAUAACUACAGUCUCAGAUGAGGCAUUUAAAAAUGGCACCAACCUAGUGUGGGUCAUGCUGCAUGAAAACCAGAUUGCUGAGAUGGGAAAAAGGGCCUUUGCUAUUCUAGUGAACCUGGACCGCCUGUACUUGAACGGCAACAACCUGACUGAGGUGCCGUCUAACCUUCCUCACUCUUUACGUGACUUGCGCCUCAACCAUAACAAAAUUGACAAAGUGUCGCCCAGUGCUUUUGAUGGCAUGGAGAAUCUGACCACCUUGCUACUCAACCACAAUGCUAUCCAGGACCUAGGCAGCACUCUGAAGGGCCUGAAGUCUCUCAUGUUGCUCGAUGUGAGCAAAAACCAGUUGAAGAAAGUACCAGAUGGCCUGCCCACCAUGCUGCACCAGCUCUAUUUGGGCUCCAACUCCAUUGAUGCCAUCCCAGGCAACUUCUUUAACCAGUUCAACAACCUGCAGUAUGUGCGCUUAUCCCACAAUACCCUCACAGAUAAGGGUAUUCCACCAAACACCUUCAAUGUAAGUAGUCUGGUAGAACUGGACCUCUCCUUCAACAAACUGGAAAGGAUCCCAACGGUUAGCACCAGCCUCGAAAACCUCUAUCUACAAGCCAACCAAAUCAAAGAGUUUUCCCUGGGCAGUUUCUGCAGUGUGGUGGACGUAAUGAACUUCUCCAAACUAAAGGUCCUUCGUCUGGAAGGCAAUGAGAUCACACAUAGGGAUGUCCCAUCUGACUUGAAUAUGUGCCUCCGCUUUGCCUCAGACAUCGCCCUGUAACUGCUCCAUCAGGGCAUUAGAGGGCAGUCCCAUGCAAUUGUCUUCUCUGUAACUAUUCCACUAAAUACUCAAAAUUUUUUGUACUGUUUUGAUUGUUUUCUCCAUGUUUAUCAUGAAAUUUAAUACUAUUUAUGUUUGUCUUAACGAAGGAGUAACAACAGAGUUUUUGGUGGUACAUGUGUAUGGUUGGUGCAUGUUUUUUUACCUGAUUUGUGGGUGUUUGCUUUAGUAUGUUUUACGUUAUAGCUAAGAAUUAUGUCUACAGCAUAGUUUGUAUGUGUACAUAUAUCUCUGCAUGUUGGUCAUAUUUUGAACUCAGAGCAAAAGUAAAAGACAUGAUGAG